AUGUCCGUCUGGAAUCCAGAAAACAUCCGCGACGUCGCCGAAUCAGUCGGCAUCGGCGCCCUCAGCGACGAGGUGGUCGACAACCUCGCGCGCGAUGUUGAAUACCGCAUUUCGCAGGUCCUCGAGGAGGCGCUGAAAUUCAUGCGCCAUGCCAAACGCACGUUGCUGACGACGCAGGAUGUUUCGCACGCGCUGCGCGUGUUGGAUGUGGAGCCGCUGUAUGGCUACGAGUCGACGAGGCCGUUGCGGUUCGGCGAGGCGACGUUGGGCCCUGGACAGCCGCUUUUCUAUGUGGAGGAUGACGAGGUUGAUUUUGAGAAGUUGAUUAAUGCGCCGUUGCCGAGGGUGCCGAGGGAGAUUACGUUUACGGCGCACUGGCUGGCCGUCGAGGGAGUGCAGCCUACAAUACCACAGAACCCCACGGGGGCAGAUUCGCGGAAUCUCGAAUUGGUGUCCAAGGGUCCUAAUGCCAAUGCCAAUCUUGCAGCGAUGAGCGGGCACGACAACGUCACUGUCAAGCCGUUGGUGAAGCACAUCCUCUCCAAAGAGCUGCAACUCUACUUCGAGAAAGUGUGUACCGCGUUCCUAGACGAGUUAAACGAUGAGUACCGGCUCUCUGCAUUCUCGAGUUUGAAAGACGACCCGGGCCUGCAUCAGCUCGUGCCGUAUUUCGUCCAGUUCAUCUCCGAGAAAGUCACGCAUAGCCUCAAGGACCUAUUCGUGCUGACGCAGGUCAUGCAUAUGACCGAGGCGCUGAUCCAGAAUAAAACGCUCUACGUGGAUCCUUACGUCCCUUCCCUCAUCCCCCCAGUCCUCACCUGCCUCCUCGGCCGCCAACUGGGUACCAGCACCGGCGCGGCCGAUCACCUCGAACAUUUCGCCCUCCGCGACCUCGCAGCCUCCCUCAUCAGCAUGAUAGCGCGCAAGUACUCGCACUCCUCGCACACCCUCCGCCCCCGCCUCGCGCGCACAUUUCUGAGAGAUUUCCUGGACCCAGGCAAACCGCUGGGCACACACUACGGAGCCAUCAUCGGCCUGCAGUCCAUCGGCGGCGUUGAUGUGGUGCGUGAACUCAUCGUGCCGAAUCUGAAGACGUAUGAGAUUGUGUUGAAGGAUGCGACUGCUACGACGACAGGGGCUGGCGCGGGUGCGGGCGCCGGCGCCGGGUCAGGGGUGGAGGAAACGGUGAGGAGGUUGGAAGCCGAGAAGGUUAUUGGGGUUAUAUUGGCGGUGUUGGGGACGUUGGGCGAUGGUGAACUGCAGGCAGGGAUGGAGAUGGUGACAAACGGAGUUUCGGAGAAGGGCGAGGAGGAAGAGGUGAGGGAGAGGCUAGUUGAGAAGGUUGGGGAGGUUAUUGCUGGAAGGAUACUGGAGAGUGGGCAAGUGGGAUUGGCGAAUGUGAUAAUUGGGAGUCGGUGA